AUGUCAGAAUUGAGGGAAGAAGAGCCGGACGAAGCGCUCCGAGCGUCUAGAACUGCUUUCGAUUACGUUUUCAAGCUAUUCUACCCCAUCUACUACUUUGUCACCAUUCCCGUUCGAAUAACCACCUGGUUCUUCCAAAAUUUCCCAAUUUUCUCCUCGUUCUCACUAUUCUUCUUCGUCUCCUUCGCCCUCAUUCUUCUCUUCAUCUUCCGGAGACUCUCCUCGACGCCACGCGACAGCUUCGUCAGUUAUGUGCUGUACACGGUCGUUCCGUACGGAGUUUCCAUUGUGUACACCGUGGCCGACUUUAUUUUUCCGCAGGUACGAGAAAAUGUGAAGCUUUUUUUACAAAAAAAUGUUUCAGCUUCGCAUCGUGACUCGAGUCGUGAAUUUUCUGCUUCACCCCAUCAAAUUCAUCCUUGGAAUGAUCGAAAAAGUCGACAAACGGGCGGCUCCGAUUCGUCGGACCGUGGAAGCGAUUCACGGACCGAAAAAAUCGAAAAAAGAUGAAAAGUAAGCACGAUCUUUAAAAAAAAUAAUAAUAAUAAAAAAAACGUGCCAUUUGCAGAGAAGAGGCUUUGCAUCUACGUCUGGCAUGCUGUUUGUGCCAAGUAGCCGAGAAGCAAAUCGUGCUCCGCCCGUGCAAUCAUCUCUGCUUCUGCGAGCGCUGCAACGACGCCUUCCAGAAGCAGAUUCCCCGGCUGUGCCCGAUCUGCUACAUUCCCGCUCAAUCGUUUGACAUUGUUCAUUUGUCCUAA